UACCUUUAAGAGGAUCAGUCGUGUGGGAGACGCCGGGGAGGGUGGACGUUGCUUCUGUUUCUCUAGCAUUUAUUUUGGCUGUAUAAUACUAUAAUUUGUGAUUUUUGUGUGUGAGGGGAGUGAAGGAUGGCAGCCACGUUGCCCUCAGACACUCACCUGCAGGAGGCUGACACCACUAACAGGAAGACCACUCGCAAGCAGUGGAGUAUUCAAGGUGGCCCAAGGGGAUUGCUGCGGCGAAUGAGAAGUCAGUUAGCAGAAGAUGGCUGUCCAGAAUCGCAACUGGUUAUGGGAAAGACACUUCUGCAACAACAGAGCCAAGAGAAUGAAGGAGACGAAGAGGGUGCGCGUUUGGCAGUGUUCUGGCUGACGAGGGCAUCCCUUCAGGGCAGCAGUGAAGCAACAGAGCUGCUACAGAACUGUCUUGACAAGAACAUUGGAAUAUGCGAGCACAAUUACCAUGAAGUGCGGGAGUGUCUGGCCAUGGAUUUGCAAGAAAAACUGGCAAGACGAGCCGCUCACAUGUUGUUCUGCAGUGUGAGUGAUGGAAAUGAUGUUAUCAGCAGCAGCGGCCUGACGAGCAAAAUUCAGGAAGUUUUAGCAGGUGAUGAUGAGGAUGGCAUGGAAACUGAAAACCAACAGCAGAACCAUGAGCAGUCUGAAAGUUGUGCUACCUUAGAGCAACGCUAUGGUGGAGAAAGAUUUACUGAGGAACACUUAGUUUCAGGGUCGGUACUCUACUGCCAGGGUCGCGUUCCUCCUCUUCAUCACUUUCUUACUCUGGAUUCAUCCUCUCCAAAGACUUCAUACGUCUUGCAGGCAAUUCAUUGGCCCUACAGGGCCCUAGAGGGGAUUUAUCAUAGCUGCCUGCAUUUCUUUGGAGUUGUACUGGCUAAUUAUGCACACAAAAUUUUAGGAUUUUUCACGCCAGUUUUUAGUGGACUGGCAAUAUUUUUACUAGGUAGCUUAAUAUCAUUGUUUGGAGUAGAAAAUACAGCAGUUGUUCUGCCUGUUAUUGUAUCCUGUAUAUCUCUAAUAAUAAUGGUAAUGUCAUCUGUUCAUAUGUUAUUAAAUAGAAAAAGAUUUAAUAGCUUUCACAUUUGGUCAUUGGUGUUUUCUCAUUUUUGUUCAGAGCUGGACAUUGAUCGGGCAGAAAGACGAUUCAAGGCAAGGUGCUGGAAACCAUAUGGUACAAUGUGUAUGGCUGUAUUCUUUUAUCUCAGCACAGUACCAUUAACAUCACCCAAACUUAUGAUCAUAUUUUUACCUGUAAUGUGUGUGUCUGCAAUUAUAACAUUUUUGCUUAUCCCAGAAAGGCUAAAUGGAUGGCAGUUUCUCUCUCAAAUAGUUUACAUAUCAGCUAUGAUUCCAAGUGUGCAUACAAGCAUCAGCAGUUGGCUUGUCUCAGUCUCUGCAGGAACAGGCUUGGAACACAUCCUUGCAGAAAACCACAUUGAUGUGUGGUGGAAAUUAAAAUUUCACUUAGGGGUGGGGCCUUUGCUUCACUUGUUGUGGUUUGGUAUCCAGCUUGGCAUGGUAGUAUGUAGUGGUCUUGUUCGUCUCCCUCCCCAUCUAGUCAGUGUUGUAUGGUGCCAUUUGGCUGUAAUAGCAUACCAGAAGGUAGCCACACCAACUGAUAUCUUAUAUCCUGUUGUUGGGUGGUCUGUGUUAAUUUUUUUACCUACCCUUGCUUCCUUCUUGCUGCUAGUAGGACCUGCUAUUAUUUGUGCUUUACUUGGCUACCAUGUUGGGGUGGAUAAUCAGGCUUUGCUGCUCUUAUUUUUAUGUAGCACUAUAGGCUUGUGGAUAUUGAAACAUUUGCCAAACUUACUUUUAGUUUGCAAGUGGGUCAUGGUUGGAUUAAUGCUAUUGGUUUUGAUGCAUCCCAAUCUUUUUGUGAGGUCACCAUCUGCCCAACAUUCUAGUCUGCAAUGGGAUAGUUAUACAAAUGUUUGUCUACCUUCAAAAGACACUGGGGCUGUUACAGUGCAUGGUUGUCUUCCUCUGUUAGAAACUUUGGUGAAAUGGCAGGGGUCUGUUGCACAAGUAAGUAUUAUAAGUGUGCACAACUUACCUGAGGCAGUGUUUUCUCAGUUACCAACAGCCCUUGUUAAACCUAUACAAUGUUAUUUAGGUAAAAGAUUGCCUCCUUGUCCAGUGAGCAAGAUUAUUACAACCCAGAUGGAGCGUUGUCAGCUGUUGCAUAGUGUUUUGGGGUCUGAUGCUUGCACACUAGAAAACUGGAAUACAUAUAACUUUGAUAUUACAGUGGCAAUGAGUUCCUCAUAUUGGAAAUUUGGUAAUGAAGGUUCUCAAGUAAGUCUUCAGGCAGAUAGCACAUUCCAGGACUUCGUGCUGAAGUUACACAUAGGUGAUAAAGUGGAAUUUGUUGGAGCUUUGUCUGAGGGAAUUGGCUCACUUCAUCCCAAGUUGCAUUUAUCUUCUAUAAAGUGCAUUGACUGCAAAUCAAAGCUUGCUCCUGUUCAUAAAGUAAACUUACAAAUCAGUUAUAAUAUAUGGGCUGUUCCUACAUUCAUUUUUAAUUUCUUUUUGGGGCCAACAUUAACAAUUUAAGAUCCAUGCAUAAUUUCAUUAUUUUUUACUGCACUAGAAUCUUUAACACAUUGGUUGAGGGUCAUGUUAUAAUAGUGGAAGAAUAUAUUGUAAGGUCUUGACACUAAUAUUGACCAAUAUUCCAGUAUUUAAAUCAUAUCCCAGUUUUUAAUGUGAUAUAGGAAUGAAUUACCUGAAUGAGAAGAGGGAAAAAUUGGGGUUAAAGAUACUCAGUCUAUUUUAUCAUGGUUGAGUGUAGUGAGUGAUGGUAUAAUGUGCACGUGUUUGUCUUGUAAUAAGUCAAAUUCUGUUUUCUGUGUGCACGCACAUAGGUUGUACGUGCAUAGGUUUUGACAUUACCUUCUACACCUGUACUGAAAUUAAACAUUCAUUAUCAGUGGAGUGUAAAGAUUUUUGAGUUUACCAGAUUGAACUUAAACCAGAUCUCUACAAAAAUGAACUGGGUAUAUCUGGGAAUUACAUAAAUUCCUUAUUAAUCAAAACCUAAAUAAAUAAUUUCUGGUCCAUUCUGAAUAAAUUUUAAUUGAAAAAUGUAUCUCGAUGGACCUAAUGUCCUAAAGAUGCAAUUUUCUAGUGGUGCAAGUAAAUUUAGAGCUAGUUGUGGCACAAAUAUUAAAUGGAGUUACUCAGGGUGGGUAAUGUAGCUUGUCAACUGACGAGUUUUAUAAGGCUGUGAUGGUAGUCAUUCAUGAACUACAUUUAAUUUGGUAUUUAUUGACUCAUUCCCUCUGUAAUAUUUAUAUUUUUAUACAUUGUGCAAGGCUUAUUGACUUUAUAGAAAUUUUACAGAUUUGAAAAAGAAGGCCUAGCAAUAAGAAUUAGAAUGAAAGCUGAAUUGUAGAAAGAUAGUAUUUUAAAUCCAAUAAAUUUGUAAGAUGAGGCUCGUACCUAAUAUGUCGUAUGAUGCAGCUGGGAAACUUAACUAUAGUACUUUUCUCUUAUUUUGAUUGGAUGCUUAAUAUCAACAUUGUUUUUCAGUAAUACUAAUGCCACAAGCACUAAGAUCCCAUUAUAUUUAGGACAAAUGUUAAUUUUACUGUAUUUGUAUUUCAGUGUUGAAACUAUAUUUUUAUUUUAACCUUUUUAGAAUUUCCAAAGAAAUUAUAGUAGAAGCUCAACACUGGAAAAUAUUCUACAGUAUAGGAAAUUUUGUAAUAUUUUAAGAAACUUUUAUACUUUAUUCUUGAAAUAAACUCAAUUCUAAUCAAAUCCCCCAAAGUUCAAAUUUUUCAUAGCUUUACUAUAUUUUUAAUAUAUACAUUACACUGUAGUUUUCACUACAGCCAUUUUUACCUGCAGAUUACAUGGUUCGUGUGUGCUUUAUCUAACAAACUAGUCAGUGUAUAAUAAAGCAGUAGAAUUUU